AUGCAGAGCUCUUUUUAAUAGAAGGAAGUUCUAACUGACAUCUUUGCAUAAGUUAAAGAUGUAGAAGAACAAAUUUUUGGUGUGAUUUUAGAAAUAUUUAGAAAGGAAAAAAUUUAAGAUUGCAUUUAAUAUCUAUCAGAUAAAGGAAAUCAAAGACAUUUAGAAUAAUAAAUUUUACAACGAGGAGUAAAUUACAAAUAAUAUGAUGUUAGAAAUAACGUAAAACAAAUUACUAAUGUCUUAAAAAAAUUAAAAGAUCAUGACUUCAAUAAUAAAAACUAUUCAAGUGAAUUAAAUUAUUUAUCUUCAUCAAGUUUAAUUAAUAGCAUCAAGUAUAAUAAAUAGAUCAUAGAAUUUUUGGUAUUUUUAGUUCAGCUCACAUCCUUAGAUACAAUUUUAAUACAAUGUGGGUCUAAUUCAUUAUAUUUAUUAGUUUAGAUCAAGGUGGACUUAAGAAAUAAAAAUUUUCAAAAAAUUAGGAUCAAAAAUACUGAAUUGGUAGAAGCCAAUUUUGUUCGAUGCAAUUUAAGUGGAUCUGAAUUGGAUAAUGUAAAUAUAAGUGGAAUUAAUUUGAAUGGGGCUUAACUAUUCAAUUGCAAAUGGAAGAACAUUAGAAUACAUGAACUGAAUAUAUUGGAUGGUCAUUUUAGUUAUGUCAACUCAGUCUGCUUUUCUCCUGAUGGAGCUACUUUAGCUUCUGGUAGUUUGGAUAAGUCUAUCCGUCUAUGGGAUGUCAAGUCAGGAUAAUAAAUGGCCAAAUUAGAUGGUCAAAAGCAUAAUGUUAGAUCAGUCUGUUUCUCUCCUGAUGGAAAUACAUUAGCUUCUGGUAAUGAUGAUAACUCUAUCCGUCUAUGGGAUGUCAAGUCAGGACAAUAAAAAGCCAAAUUGGAUGGUCAUAGCGAAACUGUCUGUUCAGUUUGUUUCUCACCUGAUGGAAAUGCAUUAGCAUCAAGUAGUGAUGAUAACUCUAUCCGUUUAUGGGAUGUAAACACAGGAUAAUAAAAAGCAAAAUUGGAUGGUCAUACUAGCAUUGUCUAAUCUGUCUGUUUCUCUCCAGAUGGAAAUACAUUAGCAUCUGGUAGUGAUGAUAACUCUAUCCGUUUAUGGGAUGUUUAGACUAAGAAAAAUAAAGCCAAAUUAGAUGGUCAUGAUAAUUGGGUAAUUUCAGUCUGUUUCUCUCCUGAUGGAAAUACAUUAGCAUCUGGUAGUUUGGAUUAGUCUAUAAGUCUCUGGGAUGUAAAAACAGGAUAAUAAAAAGCAAAAUUAGAUGGUCAUACUAGUACUGUCAAUUCAGUAUGUUUUUCUCCUGAUGGAAAUACAUUAGCCUCUGGUAGUCAUGAUAAGUCUAUUCGUUUAUGGGAUGUAAAAACAGGAUUAUAAAAAGCAAAAUUGGAUGGUCAUACUAGCAUUGUCUAAUCAGUCUGUUUCUCUCCUGAUAGAAAUACAUUAGCUUCUGGUAGUCAUGAUAUGUCUAUACGUCUUUGGGAUGUCAAAACAUAAUAAUAACAAGCCUAAUUGGAUGGUCAUACUAAUGAUGUCAACUCAGUUUGUUUCUCUCCUGAUGGAAAUACAUUAGCUUCUGGUAGUGCUGAUUAGUCUAUCUGUCUAUGGGAUGUCAAGUCAGGACAAUAAAAAGCCAAAUUGGAUAAUCAUACUACUGAUGUCAACUCAGUCUGUUUCUCUACUGACGGAAAUACAUUAGCAUCAAGUAGUGAAGAUAACUCUAUUUGUCUAUGGGAUUUCAAAUCAGGAUAAUAAAAAGCCUAAUUGGAUGGUCAUACUAAUGAUGUCAACUCAGUUUGUUUCUCUCCUGAUGGAAAUACAUUAGCUUCUGGUAGUGCUGAUUAGUCGAUCUGUCUAUGGGAUGUCAAGUCAGGACAAUAAAAAGCCAAAUUGAAUAAUCAUACUAAUGAUGUCAACUCAGUCUGUUUCUCUCCUGAUGGAAAUACAUUAGCCUCUGGUAGUCAUGAUAAGUCUAUCCGUCUAUGGGAUGUCAAAACAGAAUAAUAAAAAGCCUAAUUGAAUGGUCAUACUCAUUAUGUCUACUCAGUCUGUUUCUCUCCUGAUGGAAAUACAUUAGCCUCUGGUAGUCAUGAUAAGUCUAUCCGUCUAUGGGAUGUCAAAACAGGAUAAUAAAAAGCCUAAUUGGAUGGUCAUACUAAUGAUGUCUACUAAGUCUGUUUCUCUCCUGAUGGAAAUACAUUAGCUUCUGGUGGUGGUAAUUAAUUUGGAGGUGGUGAUUGCUCUAUCCGUCUAUGGGAUAUCAAAACAGGAUAAUAAAAAGCCAAAUUGGAUGGUCAUACUAAUUAUGUCUACUCAGUCUGUUUCUCUCCUGAUGGAAAUACAUUAGCAUCUGGUAGUUGUGAUUAGUCUAUUCGUCUAUGGGAUGUUCAGAAUGUAAAAGAAAUUACAUCCGCGGACAAAAAUUAUAGCAAUAUUCUUGCGUAAUUUAAAGCACCACUAUCUUAAAACAAUCCUCUAUCAUGUAUUUAUUUAUUUAUUACUUUUUAGUAUCCAACAAUAUUACAAUUAUACGAAUAUCUCAAACAUUAUUAUUUUAAGCAUAAGGAGCUUUAAUCUUUAAAGGAGAUUUUAUAAAUUAUUAGGGAUACGAUUUAAGAUAAUUAUUCAAAUCCAAAGGAAGUUGCUUUUUAGAAGACUUGAAGGAAUAGUAAAUUUGA